GUGUUACAUGAAAAAAGUUCAUGAAUAAAUGCCCCACACUUCAUAACCACCAUUAUUUUUUUGCUUCAAUUUUUCUCUCAUCCAACAUGGCCGGAGAAAACAACACUCUCAAGGCACCACUUCUACCUCUUCAUGAACCACCAAUCCAAGAAACACCCAACAACAACAACAAUUUCAUUGCAAUAAAACCAAUAUUAAACCUUAAAAACUUUUAUAUAAUUUUAGGACCUUUAUUGUCAAUUAUUAUAUGUCUUCUAGUGAAACUAGAUGCUCCUAUGACAAGCACAAAAAUGGUUGGUGUGAUUGCUUGGGUUUUCACAUGGUGGAUAACUGAGGCUGUUCCACUUCCUGUUACUUCUAUGUGUCCUCUGUUUUUGUUUCCUCUGUUUGGAAUUGCUUCAGCUGAUACUGUUGCUCAUUCUUAUAUGGAUGAUGUUAUUACUCUUGUUUUGGGAAGUUUCAUUCUUGCUCUUGCUGUUGAACGAUACAAUGUUCAUAGAAGAUUGGCUUUGAAUGUAACUUUGGUGUUUUGUGGCAAUCCACUAAAUCCAUCAAUGCUACUAUUAGGCCUAUGCGCAACCACAUUUUUCGUGAGCAUGUGGUUACACAACACCGCAGCAGCGGUAAUGAUGAUGCCGGUAGCAACCGGAAUCCUACACCGCCUACCACCAGCAGAUGAGCAAUCAGAACUAAUGAACAAAUUCAGUAGAGCAGUGAUUCUAACUGUGGUCUAUGCUACACCAAUUGGAGGCAUAAGCACUCUAACAGGAACAGGUGUAAACUUAAUAAUAAUUGGAUUGUGGAAAAGUCUUGUUCCUAAUGCAAAACCAAUAAGCUUCAGCAAUUGGUUUUUAUUUGGGUUUCCUGUGGCUGUUUUGUUGCUUCUAUGCUUUUGGUGUAUGCUAUGUUUGAUUUAUGUUCGAAAGGAUUCAAGUAGGGUUUUGUCUGAUUAUUUGGAUAGAGCUCACUUGAAGAGGGAUCUUGAAGCUCUUGGUCCCAUGUCUUUUGCUGAAAAGAUGGUGUUAUGUGUAUUUGGGUUGUUGAUAAUACUAUGGAUGACAAGAAGUAUCUCAGAUGACUUACCAGGUUGGGGAGUUUUGUUCCAUGGCCUUGUUGGUGAUGGUAGUAUCAGUGUUUUGGCAGCUGUAUUAUUGUUCAUAAUCCCAAACAUGAAGCAAGAUGGUGAAAAGCUGAUGAGUUGGAAUGAAUGCAAAAAGUUACCAUGGAACCUAAUUUUGCUACUAGGAGCUGGAUUUGCCUUAGCUGAUGGAGUACAAUCUAGUGGUCUAGCAGAAGUAAUGUCAAAAGCAUUAGAAUUCUUAAAAGAUGUUCCAUACUUAGCAAUUGUUCCUGCUGUUACUUUACUAUGUAGCAUAAUCACUGAAUUCAUUACUUCCAAUGAUGCCACAGCCACACUUCUAGUACCACUUUUGUAUAACAUAGCCAAAACUAUUAAUGUGCAUCCACUUCUUCUUAUGAUCCCUGGUGGUAUAGCUACUGAAUUUGCAUUUUGGCUUCCAACUUCAACACCUUCAAAUGUUGUUGGAUUUGCUACUGGACAUAUUGAAAUUAAAGACAUGCUUAAAGUUGGUGUGCCACUUAAGGUUGCUGGAAUUUUGGUUCUGUCUCUUCUCAUGCCAACACUUGGAUCUAUUGUUUAUGGUACAAAUGGUGGUACACAAUAGGUGGCAGAUGUAAACUCUCAUUUGUUACCACAUAGAUUUCUUUUUCAAAUUAUACUUUGGUUUAUAAUAUGAUAUGUUUGGGAUAGAAUAUGAUUGUAUAAUUGUAUUUAUAGAUGGUACAUGAAUAAAAAAUAAUAGAUACACAUUCAUGAAAA